AUGGCUUCUUUAGGCAGAGCUUUCUACGCCGUUGGAUUCUGGAUCAGGGAAACCGGCCAGGCCCUCGAUCGGCUCGGAUCACGCCUGCAGGGAACCUAUCUUUUCCAAGAACAAGUUUCUAGGCAUAGAACACUCAUGAACUUAUGUGAUAAAGUUCCCGUGGUCGACAAGAAUGCCUUCGUGGCACCCAGUGCAUCCAUUGUUGGAGAUGUCUAUGUUGGUCCCAGUUCUUCUAUUUGGUACGGGUGUGUUCUCAGAGGUGAUGCAAACAGCAUCAGUAUCGGAACCAGAACCAACAUUCAAGACAAUUCUCUUGUUCAUGUGUGGGGAGGAAAUCCAGCCAAGUUUUUGAGGAAGCUCACGGAUGACGAAAUUGCCUUCAUCUCACAGUCUGCGACCAAUUACGCCAGCCUGGCCCAAGCUCACGCUUCUGAAAAUGCAAAGGAAUUGGACAAGGUGGAAUUCGAAAAGGUACUUCGAAAGAAGUUCUCUGGGCAGGAUGAAGCAUAUGGUUCACUGUUGGGGGCUGUUCGCGAGACACAGCCAGAACUCAUUAACGACAAAGCUGCAUAG